UAUAUUGCCAGGGAGCAAACGUCGCAGUAGUAAGUCCGUGAACAACAGCGAUAGAGACCAGAGAAGAAAUAUCAGUAAAUCUAAACACAGAACAAAGAGCCAUGCAGAUCUUUGUGAAAACCCUCACAGGAAAAACCAUUACCCUUGAGGUUGAGCCAUCAGACUCUAUUGAGAAUGUGAAGGCUAAAAUCCAGGACAAAGAAGGAAUUCCCCCAGACCAGCAACGUCUCAUCUUUGCUGGUAAACAACUGGAAGAUGGCCGCACACUUUCCGAUUACAACAUCCAGAAGGAGUCCACACUCCAUCUUGUACUCCGACUGAGGGGAGGUAUGCAGAUCUUUGUGAAAACCCUCACAGGAAAAACCAUUACCCUUGAGGUUGAGCCAUCAGACUCCAUUGAGAAUGUGAAGGCUAAAAUCCAGGACAAAGAGGGAAUUCCCCCAGACCAGCAACGUCUCAUCUUUGCUGGUAAACAACUGGAAGAUGGCCGUACACUUUCCGAUUACAACAUCCAGAAGGAGUCCACACUCCAUCUUGUACUCCGACUGAGGGGAGGUAUGCAGAUCUUUGUGAAAACCCUCACAGGAAAAACCAUUACCCUUGAGGUUGAGCCAUCAGACUCUAUUGAGAAUGUGAAAGCUAAAAUCCAGGACAAAGAAGGAAUUCCCCCAGACCAGCAACGUCUCAUCUUUGCUGGUAAACAACUGGAAGAUGGCCGCACACUUUCCGAUUACAACAUCCAGAAGGAGUCCACACUCCAUCUUGUACUCCGACUGAGGGGAGGUAUGCAGAUCUUUGUGAAAACCCUCACAGGAAAAACCAUUACCCUUGAGGUUGAGCCAUCAGACUCUAUUGAAAAUGUGAAGGCUAAAAUCCAGGACAAAGAAGGAAUUCCCCCAGACCAGCAACGUCUCAUCUUUGCUGGUAAACAGCUGGAAGAUGGCCGUACACUUUCCGAUUACAACAUCCAGAAGGAGUCCACACUCCAUCUUGUACUCCGACUGAGGGGAGGUAUGCAGAUCUUUGUGAAAACCCUCACAGGAAAAACCAUUACCCUUGAGGUUGAGCCAUCAGACUCUAUUGAAAAUGUGAAGGCUAAAAUCCAGGACAAAGAAGGAAUUCCCCCAGACCAGCAACGUCUCAUCUUUGCUGGUAAACAGCUGGAAGAUGGCCGUACACUUUCCGAUUACAACAUCCAGAAGGAGUCCACACUCCAUCUUGUACUCCGACUGAGGGGAGGUAUGCAGAUCUUUGUGAAAACCCUCACAGGAAAAACCAUUACCCUUGAGGUUGAGCCAUCAGACUCUAUUGAGAAUGUGAAGGCUAAAAUCCAGGACAAAGAAGGAAUUCCCCCAGACCAGCAACGUCUCAUCUUUGCUGGUAAACAGCUGGAAGAUGGCCGUACACUUUCCGAUUACAACAUCCAGAAGGAGUCCACACUCCAUCUUGUACUCCGACUGAGGGGAGGUAUGCAGAUCUUUGUGAAAACCCUCACAGGAAAAACCAUUACCCUUGAGGUCGAGCCAUCAGACUCCAUUGAGAAUGUGAAGGCUAAAAUCCAGGACAAAGAAGGAAUUCCCCCAGACCAGCAACGUCUCAUCUUUGCUGGUAAACAGCUGGAAGAUGGCCGUACACUUUCCGAUUACAACAUCCAGAAGGAGUCCACACUCCAUCUUGUACUCCGACUGAGGGGAGGUAUGCAGAUCUUUGUGAAAACCCUCACAGGAAAAACCAUUACCCUUGAGGUCGAGCCAUCAGACUCUAUUGAGAAUGUGAAGGCUAAAAUCCAGGACAAAGAAGGAAUUCCCCCAGACCAGCAACGUCUCAUCUUUGCUGGUAAACAGCUGGAAGAUGGCCGUACACUUUCCGAUUACAACAUCCAGAAGGAGUCCACACUCCAUCUUGUACUCCGAUUGAGGGGAGGUAUGCAGAUCUUUGUGAAAACCCUCACAGGAAAAACCAUUACUCUUGAGGUUGAGCCAUCAGACUCUAUUGAGAAUGUGAAGGCUAAAAUCCAGGACAAAGAGGGAAUUCCCCCAGACCAGCAACGUCUCAUCUUUGCUGGUAAACAACUGGAAGAUGGCCGCACACUUUCCGAUUACAACAUCCAGAAGGAGUCCACACUCCAUCUUGUACUCCGACUGAGGGGAGGACAGUAAAUCUAAAUUGUAUUAGAUUUUAAUUUGACAAUUUUAACUUUAAUCGCAGUAUAAAGUGUUUAGCUAUAUAUCGAUGGCAAUAAUAAGUUAUGUUUGAAAUUUCUGUGAAUCAUUUUUGGACAUAUCCAGCUAGUUUUUGCCAGACUGCAUUAUUCAGAAUGUGAAGGCUAAAAUCCAGGACAAAGAAGGAGUUCAAUUUUAAUUUGACAAUUUUAACUUCGAUCGCAGUAUAAAAUGUUAAACAAUACAUGGAUUGUUGGAACAUUUCUGUGAAUCAUUUCCAGCUAGUUUUGCCAAACCAUGUAGUCAAUUGUGUUCACAUACUAUGCUUAAAUUAAUCCUGUCACUUGACAUAGCUAUUGAUAAUGUUAAUCAGAACAAAUGAUUUUUAUGCUGUGAUACUGGUCUUUGAACCAUCGUCUUUCUACGUUUAAAAUGUUAUAUGUUGUCUUAUUAAAUGCAAUGAAAUGAA